UGAAAAGCGCGUGCCUGAUCCGACUCCCAGCGCACACGCUGGGUUGUGGCGAGGAGGCGCACGAUGAAUCCUCUGGUGCUCAUCGUGCUCACAUGCCUGCCCCUCGGCUCGGCGGUCUACAGCGGGCCCCUGCAAGCCGAGAUCUCCAACGGCACUUUCCAUCACUUCUACGUCCCGGACGGCGACUACGAGGACACGGAAGACCCGGAAAAGUGCCAGAUGGUCUUCAGAUUCUCGGACGGCUCCCCGUGUUCCGUGGCAGAGGAGGAGAGUGACGCGCUAGUGCGCGAGGAUCUGAUCCUCGCCCGGCUGCAGGCGGAGGACUCGGCGCGGCUUCUGGAGAGCAUCGGGCGAGCGGUGGCCAACGACCUGGACGGAGAGGACACGUACGGCCGCUUCCUCCUUCGGGAGAUAUCCCAGAUCGCUGAGGCUUUCUCCAGCGUGGACAAAUCUCUGGAGGAGCUGGAGGUGAAGUUCAAGCAGAGCCAAGAGAGCGAGCUGAGAGAGGAGCAACAACUGAGCGGCUUUGUGCUCAAACAAGUGGCGGACGUCAGAGACAGCCUGAGGGACACUAAGGACAUCUCGGUGGGGCUGAGGGACAAACAGGAGCUGCUGUCGCUCAUCGUUCGCAGCCACGGGAGCAGACUGACUCGCCUUAAAACACAAUAUCUCAAUCCAGGAUUAUAGUCCAUUCAUAUGGGAACCGUCCGUCCGCAAAGCUCUUGGAGAUGUUUUACUAAAUGGGACAGAAGACACAUAUGAGCCCAUUCCUCUGAGUCAAGAGGCAGGCUAAAGAAAUGGGAAAACUCUUUGCAUGGAGCUCCCUGAAUCAUUCUUUACUUUGUAUUGAGUUACACAAUUUCUACAGGGUUUGCAAAAAUAAGGACGGUAUAACGUUUUUCUACGAAAAAAAGAAAACGGUGGCUUUGUUGCGUUGCAAUUAAAAUAACAUACAAAGUACCAUUCAGAAAACAAAUUUGUGGACUGAAAUUGCUGGCCUUGAACAUUUACACAUGAUUGUAUUCUCGUUUGUGCACUCAAGCACACCUUGCCACAGAGGUCUUUCUGUUAUCAAUUCCUUGGCAUGCUUCUCUUACAAAUUUACAUAUCAACAAUGUGCGGUUUUCUUUAAUAUACUAUAUUUUUGACAACACCCCAAAAGAAGAAAUCCAUUGGGGUGAGAUUGUGUUGGCCAGUCAACCGGUCCUUCUCAACCCAUCCAUCCAUGGGGUGAUCAAGAAGAUAAAUAUAGGUCAUAAAUAACUCUGUAUAACCCUUAAAAAUGUACACCUACUGUUGCAGGCCCUGUCUAUUAAUUCACAUUUUUAAACAAAAUAAUGUCCAUAUAGCUAAUAUGAAUGCGUGGUUGUUUUUAUACAAGAACUCUCAAAGCUAUAAAGCCCUAUAAUUUCCUAUUAUGUCUUUAUAGAAUGAAGUGGCCAACUUGAGUGUCCCAUCAAGUGGCACUUUUUUAAUCGCCAUCUGGGUUGCAUCACGACCUCCCAGCUCCGUCUGGAAGCAUUCGACUUUGACUUUCAAAUAUGUUUAUCCAAAGACAACCGCUCAUCUUUGGAGUCAAUUUGUAACAAUUAGGGUUUUGUUGAAAUUUUGUGGUGAUUUUU